UUUGUGUUUAUCAAAACAACGUGUUGUUAUUAAAUUAUGGUUUUGAUAUCUGACGCAUUCGGCUUGGAAAUAUCCGCAACCGGGAUACUGGUUGGCCAUGGCGAUCAGGCGGUGUUAUACAGCUCAAAAGCCAAAGUCGAAUUGCCGGCUCACCUGCGCGAGGGAAAAGUUCGCGGAUUUUCGUGGAGUUCUUCGAGUAAAUUGCAAAGAUUAUUAUUGCUAUACAGCGAGAACGAAUAUUCCCUUGUUAUGUGUACCUCCAGUUCGGGAAAGGAUCACUUUCAGUUGAUUUACGAUGGCGAAACCAGAGAUUGGAUUAAUGCCGCUCUGUUUUUAGAUGAUGAUAACGAAUCGGAGGAUCGCAAAAGAUUCGUUCUUCACACAUCGCAUAGUGCUCUCCUUUACCUGGAAUGUGAUCUAACUUCGAAUGCAGAUUGCACGGUUCUGGAGCUGGCUCGAUGCAGCGACAGUUCCAUUCUGUAUUACACUAAGCUACAUGGCACUUCCUUCGAUAAACUGGCCAUCAUAAGCGGCAAUGCGUUUGGAGAGCUUUUGGUGUGGCAAACGCAGUUUCCCACAGAAACCGAUUCCAAAUCGGUUAUGAAAACAUAUCCAUUGCUCUUGCGGCUUGAGGCGCACAACGGAGUGAUCCACGCAAUUGAGUUCGACUUGGAGGCGCAAUUAUUGGUGACCACAUCGGAUGAUCGUUCGGUCAAGUUUUGGAAUAUACAAAAAUCAGGAGACUGGACAACGGCUGAAAUAAAGCCCAUGUUUAGUUGUUACGGCCACAGUUCGCGCGUUAUGUGCGUUGUCAUACUUACAAUUGAUGGUCGUACAUUUGUGGCCAGCGGCGGUGAGGAUUCCUACGUCUGCAUUUGGAGUUCUUCUGGCGAAUUAAUACUAAAACGUCGUCAGCAAUUCGGAGCGCCUAUUUGGCGGCUAGGCUUCAGCCAGGAUGCAGAAAUCCUCUACAGCACCAGUUCAACGGGUAAUUUGGUCGGGCAAAAUCUUAAAGGAGUUCUUAAUCGACCCAAAAUUGAGUCCACCAUGCUGAGCAGCUUGGGCGAUGUUAAUGAGUUUGUCCGAAAUCUAAAGUUCGUCAAUAAUGAGAUACUUGUGGGUUUGAGUAGCUCAAAUCGCUUGCAUUAUACCCGCAUAUCUCCGGAUUCUUCGCAUGGAAACAACUGGCUCGUGGUAAAGGACUUUCCGUCAUACAAACGCACAGUUUUAGAAGUCUUUGAGAACGUGGUAGCCACCUGUGGACAUCGGCGCAUAACACUGCACAGGUACAACGCAGAUACAAAUGAUUUCGAGCAACUUUUCGAUGGCAUUAGGAUGAAGGGCACAAUACGCUCAUUUCAAUUCCUGAGCAGAGAUCGCUAUCUGGUGUCUGACAACUUGGGCUACUGCCUGCUAUUGCAAACCCACCAGCUUCACAUAGAGUCGCACAUCGCUCUAUUCAAUAACCGCGAGCCGUGGAUAACAGCCGCACUGCUCAUCUCAGAGCACUACCUAUUGCUGGGCAACCGCGAGGGCCAUGUCAUGCUCUACUGCCGUAUCAGUGCCACAGACGACUUCCAAUUGAAGGAUACAGUUCGGUACUUACACGGCAAAAUGGGUUCGAACUUCUUUAAAUUGCUUAGCGUUAAUGGAGAGAAUGCCCAUGUGAUGAGCGGUGGUCAUGAGGCGUUUUUAAAAUAUCUGAACGUGAGUUUUGCAAACUCCACACUACGUGUUAGCCAACGAGAGGGUAUUCCAUUGGCUUGGGUCGAAGCAUCGCCCACGGAGGACUUGAUUUUGGGCUUCAAUGACAAUCACAUUGUUGCCUGGUCCCGUCGAAAUGAUGUCCUUUUGCAAUUGGCCUGCGGCGGAGGCCAUCGCUGCUGGGACUUUCGACUGAGUGAUGGUGAUACUCUACAUUCCAUAGCGUAUGUCAAGCAGAAGCGUGUGUUCUUCUAUCGCAACUCGCUCUACAAUGCCGUUGAUAAUCGGAUAAAGGACAUCAAGCCCAACACCUGGCACGUACGCAAUUGCAAUACUCUUCGACUCAUUACGCCGAGAGAUCAAUCCGAUCCCUUUAUACUCUCCGCUGGCGAUGACAAUAUAAUAAAAGUCACCCAAGUAUCGAAGGAUUCCUUGUCCCAGCGUGCGGAACUGCACUCCCACAUCUCAACGGUGCGCAGUUUGCAGGUGAUACCACAUAAAUCGGAUGGCGACUCAAGCACUUGGCUUGUCUUCUCAGUCGGCGGACGAUCGCAAUUGUGCAUUAGCCAACUGAGCAUAGAUGCGUGCAAUAAAUGCUGGAUAAGUGAACUAGCCAGCCACACACUGCACAAUGUAGCAUCAUCUAGAAGUACUAGUACCAUUGAGGCGCGACUAAUGGCCAUCGAUGUUGUCCAGCAGUCGGAUGAGGAUCACUUUUCAGUGUAUGUUGCAGGCGGUGAUGGAAAUAUAAGUCACUAUAACUGGAUACUUGGAAACCCCUCCCAACUGGACCUUAAACAUUUUGUAGAUAUUCAAAGAUGUCCACUGGGCAUUCAGUGGAUCGAGAGCAAAGGAAUGCUGUUGGUGUCGACAACAAAAGGCGAGGUCUACGGUUUCGAUCGUACCCUAGGAACUACAUGUGUUCAGCUUCAACUGCACGCAACUGGCAUAAAUACUAUAGAUAUUUACUUAGAUCAGCACCUUUUGCACAUUUUAUCCGGCGGAGAUGAUGAGAACAUUAAGUACACAAUACUCAACCUAAAUAACAAUAAUGUGGAACAUAAGACCGAGUACUCGGGUCUGCACAAUGCCCAAGUAAAUGCCCUAGCUAUACAUUGUCCCACCGAAGGAACCAAAGCAUCCGGAAUGUUUGCCUACACCUGCAGCAUAGAUAGGCAGAUCUAUAGAAUAGAUCUGAAGACCCAUAAAUACAGCCGAGUUGGAUACACGUGCAUUGCGGAUGUGAAAGGAAUGCUCAUGGAUGAACAUCAGCGAAUGUAUUUCUACGGCUGUGGAUUGCAGAUAAUGAGUUUAAGUAAUGCCCUUUGAGAUGAUUUUAAUAUGAGAGACUACUCGAUGCGAGCGGAAGCCGAGCUUUUGGAGUUCAGUUGGAGCUCACUCA